AUGCUCCACCUCAACAAAGACGGCACUGCCGAUCUCACGUUGGCCUCGAAAUCGGAGGAAAUCGUGUGGAAGGUGCUUGUGAUGGAUAAGAAGUCGCAGGCGGUGAUUUCGUCUGUUUUGCGUGUCAAUGAUCUAUUACGUUGUGGAAUCACCGUCCAUGCUUUGCUUUCAGGCUCCAGAUCGCCUUUGCCUGACGUGCCUGCUAUUUACUUUGUGGAGCCUUCCGUGGAGAACGUGACCCAGAUUAUCCACGAUUUGCAGAACGACACGUACGAGUCGUUUUACGUGAAUUUUACCCUGACCAUCAACAGAGAGCUUUUGGAGGAGUUUGCCAAGAAGGUCUCGCUCUGCGGCAAGGGCAACAAGAUCAAGCAGGUCUACGACCAGUACCUUGACUUUAUCGUGACGGAGCCCAACUUGUUUUCGCUCGAUACGGCCAAAACCUUCACAAAAUUCAAUUCUCCUUCGACCUCAGAAGACAACAUCCACAGACUCGCCAACACCAUCGCCGACGGCCUUCUCGCCACCUUGGUGACCAUGAACUGCGUGCCUAUCAUCAGAUGUCCGAAAAACGGACCAGCGGAGCUUGUGGCAACCCAGUUGGACAUGAAGUUGCGUGACUACAACUCCAAUUCUCGUGGCUCUGGAUCCCAGCUGCUCCAGCAGCGCCCCGUGUUGAUAAUUUUAGACAGAAACGUCGAUUUGGCGUCAAUGUUCUCCCACUCGUGGAUCUACCAGUGCAUGGUGAGCGACGUUUUUGAAUUGCGCAGAAACACCAUCAAGGUGGUCAAGUACGACGAUAAGGACAACUCGCACGUGAAGAGUUAUGAUGUGGACCCUAAAGACUUCUUCUGGAACAAAAACUCGCAAUUGCCUUUCCCCGAUGUCGUUGAAAAUGCUGACGUCGAGUUGAACUUAUACAAGAAAGACGCCCAGGAAUUGACGAAUAGAACAGGCAUUUCUAGCAUUAACGACAUCAAUCCAGACGCAAAUGCCGACACAUCGCUUAUUCAGCAAGCCGUCGAAGCCUUGCCCGAGCUCACCGCUAGAAAAACAACAUUGGACAUGCACAUGGACGUCUUGGGUUCGCUUUUGAAGGAAUUAGAGGCCCGUACGUUGGACAAGUUCUUUGAAAUUGAGCAAGGGUUCCUGGACCCCAAGGUGCAGAGCGAGUUCCUCGAGCUUUUGAAGUCAGACUCCAAGAGAGACAACUCCCUCGAUAAGUUGAGAACGUUCCUUAUCUUGAGCCUCUUGGCAGACUUGCCAGAAUCUUACUCAAAGCAGUGCGAGCAGACCUUGGCACAGAAGUAUCCUCAGCUCGACAUGAGCGCCAUAAAGUACGUUCGCAAGUUCAAGCAGAUGACUAAGAUGUCGCAGAACGUCUCCUUGAACGAGCAGCUGAGCUUGAAACACAGCGUUGGCGACACCAACAACUCUGCUUUGUUCAACGGUCUUUCUUCCAAAUUGUACGGCUUUACGGAAGGUAAGCUUUCCGGCGGUAUUUCCUCGUUGGCUAGUGGUUUGAAGAAGCUCUUGCCAGAAAAGAAAAACUUGCCCAUCACCAACAUCGCAGAGGCCAUCAUGGAUCCAGCCAACGCCUCGAACAACUCCAUGCAUAUCACAGACGAAUACUUGUACCUCGAUCCCAAGUCACGAGGUGGCCACCUGAAGCCGCCAAAGAGGCAGCUGUACGAAGAAGGCAUUGUUUUUGUCGUUGGCGGUGGAAACUACUUGGAAUACCAGAACUUGUCUGAGUGGGCCAACGUGCCCGGCAGACCACACAAGGGCGUUGUCUACGGCAGCACGGAUAUCGUCACGGCCAAGGACUUUGUACAAGAGAUACUGGAGCUUGGGCAAUUGGAUUAA